ACGAAAUUCAGUAACUAAUAAAUAUUGCAGAACUUGGAUGUUGUACCGUAAACAAGAAGACGAUUUAGGUGAACACAGCUAACAAAAGACAAUAAAUAGCUUGACAAUAAAUAUAUUUACAAUGUUGUUGCUAAAAUUUCAUUAGUCAUUUAUUGUGACCACAGUUUGUGAAGAUUCCAUGUCGCGGAAGAGACCGUCGCUGUGUCGCUUUUUGAAUGACUCUUUUGAGCUUCAGUCCUUUCAAAAAUGGAUGCUGAUGUAUAGUUAUUGGACGCUCACAAGAUAAAGCUGCGAAAAGUUUGCUUCCAGGGAUCAGCUUUUUUAAAAUUAAAGCUUAUUUAUCUCGAGAAAUACAAACUGAAUGACGUAAAAUAGAAUGUCAUCAUGACGGAAUUGGGGAAGCAGCUAAGACAAAUGAGUAUCCAGGAAAAGAAAAGCCAAAAUAUUUACUUCCAGAUCUUUGGGUCACAGAUAACUGGUAGAGGUUCAAAGAUCCAUAGCUCGUCUAUUUCAACUCAAUAUCUGAAGAGUUUAGAAUCAAAGUUUACCACCAGGGGCAUCCCAACUAUUCUGAGACAGCUCUCAUCAUGUUUUAUUAAUGGAGAUGAAGCAUCUUGUCACUCAACUGUUGAUUUACUCAAGAAACUGCAUGGUAUUCAAUCUUCAGACAAUAUGUUGUUUAGAAGAAGGCAGAAAGAUGAUGGCAGUAAUUAUAUUCCUGGGUUUAGCAGAUCAUCACAGUUGAUUGAUUUGUUUGGUGGCAUUGGGAUCAUCAUAGGAAUUUUAUUUGAUCCACAUGUGAGGCCAUCAAGAGAUCUGAAUAACAUGUUUGCAACACCCAGACACUCAUCUGCCUUGCAAUUGGAGAUAAGAUCAAUGUGCUUAGAUAUCUUGCACGACAUUUUUCUCAAUGUUGAUGGUGCGACUAGUGAGGCGAGCAAGAAAGACGAGCUGAUAGAAUAUCUUUUUAUAAUGAUGGAAGAAAGAAAAACCUUCUCCUGUGCCUCCGUAGUACUAGAAGACCUUUUAGCUUCGAAUCGAAAGAUCGUGAAACUUUCCAAAAUUGCAAAUGUUCACAAUCUGAUCAUUUCAUUGAGGGACGACAAUUUCGCUAGUUUUUGCAGAAUUCUUUCUAUUGUUAUCGCUGACAUUGACUUUUCAGAGGAUCGCAACACGCUUUUAGCGCAAGAUGAGGAGGAGAAGCGCCGUGCAGUAGAGAAGUCAGUGGCAGAUGCCAACCAAGCCAUGCUGCUGUCAUUUCCAGAAUUUUUGGUUCGGAUGGUGAAAGUUGCAGGAAAAAAUCUUCCAGGCACACCAGUCUCCGAAUCGGCUGGACGAAGACUCGAAAAUGUGAUUAUACAUGGCACAUCGGCCAACGUGGCAACGUUUCUCGAUGAGCUUGCGACAUUGAAUUUUAACCAAGGUGCUCAAACUAGCGACGAUCUCCUUGCUGACGAUGAUUUGGCGUCUGUAAUUCCUCGGAGACUCAGAUACGUGCACGAGGUCAUGUACAAAGUCGAAAUUCUAUAUAUUCUCACCUUAUUUUUAAAUGGCAAGGGCAAGGUCGAGGUUCAGUCGAAGCUUGGUGAUUUGAAGUUAAUUCCAAUUCUGAGUGACAUUUUUGAUCGACUUGGCUGGAAUUAUUCAAGUGAAAGAUUCCCCACUCACAAUCAUUCCGAGGCUGAGGACUGUGAUUGUACUCCAGAAAGUGCAUUGAAAAUACAGUUUCUGCGAUUUGUGCAUAGUUUUUGCGAUCACAGCGAGAAGAAGCAUCUGCUGUUAUCAACACGUGAAGUGGAGGAAAUGUACAAAAUAUGCAAGCAUCACCAGCUUGAUGUACCAGAAGGGCUGGAUAAAUCUAAAAGACUGAGAUGUCGUGGAGAAAAAGGAUUGCUCACAAAAAUCUUAGAUGUAUUGAAACGGACAACUCCCAACAACGCUUUAAGGUUCUGGUUGUCACGGGCAAUCGAAGGGUUCUUAAGAGGUCGUGUCUCGCCACCCGAUCAGCAUUUCCUCAUCAAUCGUGAUGUCAUUGAGCAUUUGCUAGAGCACAUUAACAACCCAGAAACCAAAUCUAAAGAAAUUCUCCAGAGCAGUUUCGAUCUUCUGGGUGAAUUAAUGAAAUUUAACGAAGAAGCCUUCAAAAGGUUUAAUACCUACUUCAAUGCAGAUGCUCAGUUCGACCGCUUUAUUUCAACGAUGACGUCAAAUGUAAUCGACUCUAAUAUGUUCAUUCGAUGCAUUGUUCUUUCACUGGAACGGUUCUCUUCGUCAAGUUGCGCCUUUCUUCGCCAAAAUUCCUGUAGGCUGAGUGAUCUCAUCAAAAAAUGGGAGCACAAAAUGUAUCUUAUGUACAAGUUAAUCACUUCGAUUUCAGUGGAUAAUUUAACACAGGAAAAUGUCAGUUGCUUAAACACCACUUUGAUAUUCUUGAUGUUUGCUCAUAAUCAUGGCCAGCUGGGACAAUAUUUGCAGGCCUUUUUUUCUGAAGAGCAAGCUCAACACCACCCUGGACUCAUUCUUCUAAACUUAAGGGACCUACUAGAGUUCUGGCGAAUGCACUACUUGCAACGUGGCAAAGAUCGAAUACAGCUCGAACAGAGCUCUUGUAUCGAGUUCGAUCACUGGCAAGGCCUCGUUGAUAUUUUGCUUCACAAGGACGCUGCACGACUCACAGCAAUCGUACACUAUCUGCUGCCAUGGCAACAACAGACUCCCUCCCGAAUUAGGAGUAGUUUAUUGCAAAGGGAUGCUUAGCGGCCGUUGAUGCAUUAUCUGUCAUCUUCCAUCGUUGAUGCUGCAAGGAUCGGUAAAGAAGCUUCACAAUUCUGAAAUUGACUGAAUGUUUACAAACAAAAUCAAAUGGGCUUUUAAUAAUCAACAUAGUUUAUUUUUUUGAAGUACGACUUUGUGAAAUAAAAAGGUUCCGUGAAACCUCCUUUGCACAUUACUCAAUGUUAUGCAUUGUCUAUGAAUUUGAACUGAACAGCUGUAUCAAGUAUCAUAGCUGUUAUAUGCUUUUAAAUUUGGCUCUGGCGUUAAAAUUUUUUUUGAUGAUUUGAAGGUCAUGUUAAUACCAGUGGGCAGAUUCUAAAGAAGUAGAUCGAAAAUGUUAUAUUUUGCACUAAAGCAGCAGGGUAUUGCAAUUUUAAAGCAAAUAUUUAAGUGGCAUCUAAUAUGAUUUCUUAUUUCAAAGCAUACGCUGAAAGCUUUUUUUACAUGGGGACAGCUUUCCUUGUGUUAUGUUAAUGUACUCGUAUUUUGGUUUAGUUAGAUUUUGUGUCAAGUGUUGAAGACUAAUUUGCUUGGAUAUUGCCUGUAGGAUUCUUGAACUGUGUUUAUGUCGUUAGAUAGCUUCAUUUCACAGUAACACUUUCUGUCAGUGCAUCAGUAAGUACUGUUGUACAAAAUGAAUUUAAAAGCUUAUAUUUAGAUUCAUAAUCUUAAACCAUAUAUUUAGAUCCGCUCUGACUAAGUCUCAUACCGAGACAUACCCCCCCCCCCUCCUAGGAUGUAAUCGAGAGUUGUUUGAUCAUGAGUUACUUCUAUUCCAGAGCAAGAACCUAGUCUCUGGGCCUAUUGCCUUUAAAGCUUUUUCUGUUUUAUCAUGGUUGCGAUUUAGUAUGUCAGAUGCUGAGAAAAAGUCGCUUUUGUUUCGUUAAACAAUGAUCUUUCUACGAUCCACGCAGCUUUCAAAACUGCACCAAGCAGUUCUAUCAGUUCUAUCCAGCCUCUAGGUCUUUUACUUUUUUAGCAUUCUAGCAAGAAAUAUCGCAGAUUGUUAAUGAUAAACUUUUAUGGUAUAGCGUCUAUAUUAUGAAAGCUGCAAGAAAAAUUAAUAAAUGUAUGAAAUCUUGAUAUUAAAACUGAUAUGUUUUGGAGGAUUUAGUGUAAAUAUUUCGUCUUUUUUCACGUAUAUGUAAGUUAAGUUAUAGACAAAGUGCAGGAAACCUUGCUUGAUGCAUCAAGAGGCAAUGCCAGUUUUUGAAAUAACUUGACAAAAAGGUAAAUAGUAUCCACGUCCUGAUUAGAAACAAUAGACUUGCUUCCAUUAGCAGAGCAGCUGGUUUUGCUUUAAUUAAUUUUUAAGAUAGGUAAAUUAACACUUCACUGUGUAUUUAUAUUUGUUGUUUCUUGUCCACUUUUAGUUGUUGCUGUAUAGUUUAGCAACUGGUCCAACACUAAACCUUCACAUUGUGCAUGAAUGAGGAGUCAAUUUGCCUAGAUAUUUUUGAUGUAUUGCCUUAGAUUGUCAAAAUUGCCAUAAUACCUGUUUUUAAUUGCAUCAUUAAUUGAUUAUCUAUUGCGCUAACUUGUUACUUAUAUUGAAACUGAGAAGGUGUGAA